CUAGCUAUUAAUGUCCCUGCUCUAUUUCUUUUAUCUCACCUUUGGGAAGUGGUGCUACAUUGCCAAGCGCAACCUCGACACGGCCAUCUCUCUCUACCGAAAGACAUACCCAGGAGGUGAAUCAGACACCUUCUCCAUCGUCUGGACCCCGUACUACCUCAACUAUAACCCGCAUCCCUACAGCGUCGAAAAAGACACCCUGGUCCAUGUCCGGAGGUGGAUGCGUGGCUGGACUCGGAUGAAGGGGCCGACGUUGUAGACCGACAAG